AAUUUUUGCUUGUAAUCUGUCGGAGCUAUAACCUAAAACUUGAUCAGCGUCAACUUAUCAUUGCAUUAUUAUUGUGUGUUAAAGUUCUUUUUAUAAUCGAAACAAGUUAUUUCAGUAAAUAUAUAAAAAAUGCCGGACCAUUUAGGAGAAGAUAUGCGCAAAGUAAAAACGGAGGAUGAAAAAGAAGAGAAGGAAAUUAAGUCUCUCGAUGAGGCUGAUAUCGCAUUGCUGAAAACAUACGGUCAAGGUCAAUAUACGAAGAGUAUAAAGGCGGUUGAAGAAGAUAUACAAACUAUAAUUAAACGUGUAAACGAAUUGACAGGAAUUAAAGAAUCAGACACAGGUUUAGCACCUCCAGCUCUUUGGGAUUUAGCGGCGGACAAACAAACUCUUCAAAAUGAACAACCUUUACAAGUCGCUCGUUGUACCAAAAUUAUUAAUGCUGACUCUGAUGAUCCAAAGUAUAUUAUAAAUGUGAAACAAUUUGCUAAGUUUGUAGUCGACUUGGCAGAUACAGUAGCACCAACGGAUAUAGAAGAAGGCAUGAGAGUUGGAGUAGAUCGUAAUAAGUAUCAAAUUCAUAUCCCAUUACCACCUAAGAUAGAUCCAACUGUUACCAUGAUGCAAGUAGAGGAAAAGCCAGAUGUAACGUAUAGCGAUGUAGGUGGUUGUAAAGAACAAAUAGAGAAAUUGAGAGAAGUGGUAGAAACACCCUUACUUCAUCCAGAAAAGUUUGUCAACUUGGGUAUUGAACCUCCCAAAGGUGUAUUAUUGUUUGGACCACCUGGAACUGGUAAAACAUUAUGCGCAAGAGCAGUGGCCAAUAGAACAGAUGCUUGUUUUAUACGUGUUAUUGGUUCAGAAUUAGUUCAAAAAUAUGUCGGAGAAGGUGCAAGAAUGGUAAGAGAGUUGUUUGAAAUGGCACGUAGUAAAAAAGCUUGUUUAAUAUUUUUUGAUGAAAUUGAUGCCAUUGGUGGCGCUCGUUUUGACGAUGGAGCUGGUGGUGACAAUGAAGUACAAAGGACGAUGUUAGAAUUGAUUAAUCAGUUAGAUGGCUUCGAUCCUCGAGGUAAUAUCAAAGUUUUAAUGGCAACUAAUCGACCAGAUACGUUAGAUCCCGCAUUAAUGCGGCCAGGACGUUUGGAUAGGAAAGUUGAGUUUGGUUUACCGGAUCUUGAGGGUCGAACACAUAUUUUUAAAAUUCACGCGCGUUCAAUGAGCGUCGAAAGGGAUAUCAGAUUUGAGUUACUUGCUCGUUUAUGCCCUAACAGUACAGGAGCUGAAAUACGUUCAGUAUGUACAGAAGCUGGAAUGUUCGCAAUUCGUGCACGUCGCAAAGUAGCAACAGAAAAAGAUUUUCUCGAAGCUGUGAACAAAGUUAUUAAGUCCUAUGCUAAAUUCUCCGCUACUCCUAAAUAUAUGACUUAUAAUUAAGUUCAUUUAUUAGAAUGAAGUACAUAGGAAUUUCUUGAAAAAGGUACUGGAUAAUAAAAUAAUAUAAUAUUGAAUAAGGUGUGAUCAAUAAUCUUGAAUAACACAAUAAAUGCUGUAUAAACUCGAGCUUUUUAUAAAAAUAAAAAAAUUAGGAAAUAGGUUCUUUUUACAAUCUUAAUUUCUAUUAGAAUGAAAUAUAUAAAAUUCAUUGCUGUUUGUAUCUUGUAAAAUUGAGCUUGAUAGGACCAUCUGGUUUAUUAAUUAACAAAGACUUACAACCAAGAUUUUCACCAUACCAAGUGAAUUCCAAUUCUCGACACAUCUGCAUAAAAAAAUAUGUUUUUUUAAUCGAAUAUAAAAUAUAAAAUAAAAAUUUUGAAUUGAA